AUGCGCAUGGCCGGUCACGCGACGCACGCCGGCGACCUGGGCGCCGUCAUCCGCGGCGUCUGCGCGCACCCGGCGACGGGCCUCGCCAGCCGAGCGGAGCUGACGGCCGCGCUCGACGAGCUCGAGGCUGGGCGCUGCUCCGUCGAGGACGCGAAGAACGCGCUCAUCACCAGUCUGGCGACCCGGCCGCAGGCGAACGGGGUGCCGGUGACGCCGGUGAAGCACGUGGUCCCUCGCUCGCGGGGGCUGCGCGACGCGGACGGGCACGCGGCCCGCAGACUCGACAUGGCGUCCGCGGCCGGCGGGCCGCACGCGGAGGCCCACGCGAGGGUCAGGGACUUUUUCGCGGCCCGCAGCGGGCGAUAG